CUUCGUCCAUGUUUCUUACCAAACCACGGAAAACAAAAAGCGAUUCGCGAAAAUUAAUAAAAACAUUUUCGUCUUCUUCAUUAAAGCUCUCUCUCUCUCUAGCUUUUGUAAGAUCGUGUUCCAAUUUGUAUGGAUUUGAGUCGUUCUGAUUCUAAUUUUUCAUUAGGGUUUGAUAGUUCCCACGCAUCAUCAAUGGCUCCGACUCAGAGAAUCCCGAUUGCUGACGAUUCGAUUAAUCUACAAGUCGAUCCCAGUUUCCGAUCAUCGCCGGCCACUUUCUCUCCGAUUCCGUUGCAGUUACUCGAACAGAAAGUCGAGAAGAUUGCCGUGGAGGAGUCAAAGAAAGACGGAGAUGAAAAGGAAGAUGAGCACUUCCGAAUCUUAGGUCACCACAUGUGUCUCAAAAGGCAACGAGACUGUCCGCUUUUAGCUCAAUCGAAAAAUUCGAGGAGAACAAUAACUGGUGACACGGAUCUGGAAUCGAGACGUGCUGCUGUUCGUUCUUGGGGAGAUCAGCCUCUUCAUUUGGCGGACCCAGACAUCCACGAGAUCAUGGAGAAAGAGAAGCAAAGACAAGUGAGAGGAAUCGAGCUGAUUGCUUCCGAGAACUUCGUGUGUCGAGCUGUCAUGGAAGCUUUGGGAAGUCACUUGACCAACAAAUACUCCGAAGGCAUGCCUGGAGCCAGAUACUAUACUGGGAAUCAAUACAUCGACCAGAUUGAGAAUCUCUGUAUCGGAAGAGCUCUUACUGCCUUUGGUCUUGAACCUGACAAAUGGGGUGUCAAUGUUCAGCCCUAUUCUUGUACCUCUGCCAAUUUCGCUGUAUACACUGGACUUUUACUUCCCGGUGAACGGAUCAUGGGGCUUGAUUCUCCUUCAGGUGGCCACAUGAGUCAUGGCUAUUGUACUCCAGGUGGGAAGAAGAUCUCGGCUACAUCAAUCUUCUUUGAGAGCUUUCCUUAUAAAGUGAAUCCUCAAACUGGGUAUAUUGAUUACGAUAAGCUGGAGGAUAAGGCUCUUGAUUACCGCCCCAAGAUUCUUAUCUGUGGAGGCAGCUCGUACCCUAGGGACUGGGAUUUUUCAAGGGUUAGACUAAUUGCUGACAAGUGUGGUGCUUUUUUGAUGUGUGAUAUGGCUCAUAUUAGCGGUCUUGUGGCCACUAAGGAAUGUUCUAAUCCAUUUGAUCACUGUGACAUUGUUACCUCCACUACCCACAAAGGUCUACGUGGUCCCAGAGGAGGUAUCAUCUUCUACAGGAGAGGACCAAAGAUAAGAAAGCAAGGCCAUCACUCUAGUCAUUGCGACAGUUACCCGCACUAUGAUUUAGAGGAGAAGAUCAACUUUGCUGUUUUUCCCUCGCUACAAGGAGGUCCUCACAACAACCAUAUCGCAGCUCUCGCCAUUGCCUUGAAACAAGUGGCUACUCCAGAGUACAAAGCUUACAUACAACAGAUGAAGAAAAACGCUCAAGCUUUAGCAUCAGCUCUGCUUCGAAGAAAAUGCAGACUGGUUACAGGUGGCACAGACAACCAUUUGUUGCUCUGGGAUCUCACUCCAUUGGGCUUAACUGGGAAAGUCUACGAAAAGGUCUGUGAGAUGUGCCAUAUAACCUUGAAUAAGACUGCUAUAUUUGGUGACAAUGGUACAAUAUCUCCUGGAGGUGUAAGGAUAGGGACACCGGCGAUGACAACUCGAGGUUGUAUAGAGUCUGAUUUCGAAACAAUAGCGGAUUUUCUGAUGAAAGCGGCUCAGAUAACAAGUGCGUUACAGAGAGAACAUGGCAAGUCACAUAAGGAGUUUGUGAAGAGUCUAUGCUCUAACAAAGACAUAUGUGAUCUCAGAAACCGAGUUGAAGCAUUUGCGUUGCAGUAUGAAAUGCCUGCUGCUUCUCAGAUUUGAAUUGAAAUGAAGGAAAAUUCUACCACACAGCUUUGUUUGGUUUCUCGGCGGGGUUUUUUUUUUUUUUAAGUUAUAUCCUGUAAAUUAGAGUAUUAUAUAUAUUUGUCUUGCAAUUUGAUUGCACACUUUCUUCAUUGUAGUUCUGUACACAUUCGAUAGGAUGGGAUAAUCUAUAGACAUGUUCCUA